AUGGCGUUGCCCAGGGCCCCCAGGGCAGUCAUACCCCAAGUACUCCGCCGGUACUAUUCUGGAGCACCUUCUCCUGCCGCAAAGCUGAACUUGCCAAUCGACUACAAAACCACUUCCAUCCUCCAUCAUACUCCUUCGUCCUUAUCCGGUGUCUCUGAUUUCCCUGCCGCAGCCACCAGCAAACGCCUCAAUCUAUUUCAAGCUAUCAACUCGGCUUUACGAACCGCCCUUUCAACAUCAGAUAAAGUCCUAUUGUUUGGAGAAGAUGUUGCAUUUGGGGGUGUUUUUCGCUGCUCCAUGGAUCUCCAAACCGAGUUUGGCACCGACCGUGUGUUCAAUACGCCUUUGACAGAACAAGGGAUAGCAGGGUUCGCCAUCGGGGCCGCUGCAGAAGGCAUGAAGCCGGUAGCCGAAAUCCAAUUCGCUGAUUACGUAUUUCCUGCAUUUGAUCAGAUUGUCAACGAAGCUGCCAAGUUCAGAUACAGAGAAGGUGGAACAGGAGUCGAUGUUGGAGGCUUGGUUUUUCGGAUGCCAUGUGGCGCAGUCGGCCAUGGCGCUUUGUAUCAUUCACAGUCACCCGAGGCACUUUUCGCACAUAUCCCCGGUGUACGUGUAGUAAUGCCACGCUCGCCAUCGCAGGCUAAAGGAUUGCUACUGUCAUCUAUUUUCGAGAAUAAUGACCCCGUGGUCUUCUUGGAGCCGAAGAUUCUCUAUCGCGCAGCUGUGGAGCAUGUACCCAAUGAAUACUACACAAUUCCGUUGAGCAAGGCGGAGGUGAUAAAAGCUGGAAAGGACCUGACAAUAAUUUCCUACGGUCAACCUCUAUAUCUCUGCUCUGCCGCCAUAACUGCGCUGGAGAAAACUAUGCCAGGAGUUAAGGUGGAAUUGAUUGACCUCCGUACUAUCUACCCAUGGGAUCGUCAGACUAUCCUGGAUAGUGUGCGAAAAACAGGAAGAGCUGUCGUGGUCCACGAGAGUAUGAUCAACUAUGGUGUUGGUGCCGAGGUCUCAGCUACAAUACAGGAGGGUGCAUUCCUCCGAUUGGAAGCGCCCGUCAAACGAGUUGCCGGAUGUAGUACACAUACAGGGCUUACAUACGAGCAGUUUAUUCUGCCAGAUGUCGCAAGAAUCUAUGAUGCGAUGAAACAAACACUUGAGUACUAG